CAUCACAAACAGAACGUCAUUCGCGCGAUUGUCUCUUUGGAAGAAGGACGGAUUUCAGAGAAGCUCUUAUCAGAUCCAUAACAGAGAGAAGAGAAGAACUAUGUCCAGAACCGAGGACCAGAGAACCGUAUCCGAUACCGAGGACUACAAAAUCUUUUUCGGCUUAACGCGUAAAGGUUUCCUCCACACCCACUCCAAAAUCAAAAGCCUUAUGGGGACCGUGCUGCCCCAGAGCACGGGGGGCGACGUUCUGGGGUCGAGGACCAUUGCUGACUUAACCGACAACAUCUUGAAGAUCGUGUUGAGACAGACCAGUUCCACCCUCAUAAAGCUCUGCGAGAACGAGUCCUCCUAUAGCGUCACUCAGGCUCAACAGAUGGGCAGCGAUAUGGCUGAGAAACUGGUCGAUUCUACAGCCGACAAGAUGCUGGAGUACUGGCACCUGUGCAUCGUGUCCAAUUGGUUAACCGCGGCCUCCUACGAUCACUGCGUAGAUCCCAACGUCGUGAUAGACUCCCUGUCUUCCCGAAUGGCGAAGGACGCUCUAAGUACUUUCUUCCAGUACUUGUUGAGCAUCUGCAUCAGGCAGAUGCCCAGCAAGACCAGGAGUGUUUUUGUAGACUCACCCAUGAGCAGAUUUCUAAUGGACGUCGCAGAGAACGCAGUGGGUUCAUUAAAACUAGGCGCUUCAGAGAAGAGAGUCUACAAGAAGUACAGUCUCUUUUCUGAGAAGAUACUGAGGGCGAUGCUUGGAUGUGCCGAAGAAGAGAAAGAAGAGGAUGAUAAGGACUUCGACAGCGAAAAAGACAUUCUUGAAGUGAUUAGAAGCUAUAGGAAAACUCUCAAGACUGAGACACACAAAUUCAUCCGCAGCAGCAUCCUUAAAGAAACUUCAAAGAUCACGGCAUCCAUCCCAGGUCUGAGCGAUCCUGGAUUUCAUCUUACCGCUAAAUUGAAACGCUGUGCAUCAUUAACAUCUUCAGAAAUCGUGGAACUGCUGACCUCAGCAUUAUCGCUUAUCUUCAUCAAGAACAUCUACCCAAACCACAACAAAUCAGUGGUGGAGAGGAUAUCCAAAGCUCUGCUGAAGCUAACUCAGGAUAAACUCAAAGAGGCUAUAAAAACAAACCUACUUCUGAGGUCCAAGCAGAGCAUGUCCACUAGCCAGAGCGCUGUGCUCCAGGCCGGCUCUAAUCGAGUGGUGAGGAGAAUUAUCCGGGACAUCAAGGAAUACCUCAUGGCCUCUUUAAUGGAAAAAACUCAGGCUUCAGUUCCAGCUAAAAAAUUCCUUAAAUCUAUGAAGAGACAAUUGGACAUCAUGGUCUAUGAGCAGAUUCCCAUCCUGCAACCAUCUCUACUGACCAGGAUAAAGAGAACAUUCCGCCAAAUGAGGAACAGGAUACGUAAGAUGUUUGCCACAAAAGUGUCACCAUUGAACGUCCCGCCCACGACCGGUGUCCAGGAAAGUUCUCCUCCUGAUCCUCCCUCCGUCUCUCCACCAGAGAAAAAGAAAAAGAAGUCAUGCAUCUUUUCAAGACUUUGCAGGACUUCAGGCUGCAGCAAAUGAAGAAAAGUUUUUGGAUGCUCCUGACUUCCGCUUCUUAGAUAGAUGGAUGUUUGGAUGGGUGGAUAGAUUAGGUUAGAUUAGUGGGUGU